UUGAGAGAGACAGAGAAAGAAAGACAGAGAGAGAGAGAGAAAUGGACCGAGAGUGCAUCACACGAGGGGUCAGGAGGAGAUGAAUAGAUCUACCCAACAGACCCAUGGACCUUUUUGACCCCUCACCCCUGCAGCGAUUGGCUCUCCUGGUGUUGUGGCAGGGCCUGGCGUUGGGACUGAACAGUUCUGCCUUGUGGUACCAAGUGGAGAGGAGAGACAGAGACAGGGCUGUGACCUGGAUCCAGGCCAGGCGGUUCUGUCAGAGCCACUACGUUGACCUGGCUGUCCUAAGCACACAGGAUCAGUACCAGUUCCUUCUGCAGACCAUGGCUGCUGGUGAGAGGGACACGUUCUGGCUGGGUCUGCAGCCCCACACUGCCCCUGGUGGCUGGGGUUGGAAGUGGGUGGAUGGCCAGGGGCUGAGCUAUGAUCGCUGGUAUAUAAAGAGUCCUGGACCUGGACUCUGUGGUUGUCUGGAGACCAGCCUCAAAGGGGAGAAUAAACUACUGUCCAGAUCCUGUGGCGAGACCGUGGAACGACAUGGUUUCAUCUGCCAAGGCGCUGUACCCCCUGAGCGGCUAAAGGCGGAGUCUGAAGGGACUGAUCAUGUGACUGUGCAUUGGGACACGCCCCCUCUGAUGCAGACAGCUGAUCAUAGCUACAGAAUUACCACAUGUAGCUUCCAGCCUCACCCUCAUCUUUCUCUCCUCCACCCUUCUCUCCCUCCUUGCCACACCCCUCCUCUUUUCCUCUGUCCUUUCCCCCACCCCCCUCAUCCCACCACCCCAUGUUGCGUCCUCCACCUCCCCUACUCCAACAGUUCCACCUCCCACUCCACCCGGAUCUCUGGCCUAACCCCGGGAACCCAGUACACCAUCAGCGUUGCCACAGUGAUCACGCGCCCAGAUCCUGUCACCGGUGACAACGUCACCACUGACAGUGACCCAGUCACGGUGACCGUCACAACAAUAGGGGGCGGUGGUGGGCAGCCGGUGGUUGCCAUGGUACUGAGUGUGGUCAAGUUCAUCUAUCUGGCUGUCUUACUCUGCUUACUUUACCUCAUCCUGAAGAGAAAUGCUGUCCAGGCUCCUGAACUUGAUCUGGAAUCAGUAGAACUCCCUACUGAAGAAGAAUACAUUUUAGACAUGAUUAAAACUGGUCCUACAUCAGUUGAAUUCCCUAAUGAAGAAUGCAUUGUUGAGCUGCCACCUGAAGAAUAAUGCAUUGUCUGACUAGAACUGGUUCUAGAUCAGUGGUGCCCCCUCCUGGAGAAUAUAUUGUUGAGCUGCCACCUGAAGAAUAAUGAAUUGUCUGACUAGAACUGGUUCUAGAUCAGUGGUGCCCACUCCUGGAGAAUGCAUUGUUGAGCUGCCACCUGAUUACAACUGGUUGUAGAUCAGAAAACAGCAGCUCUACCUGCCAAAUCUACCAGCUUUUCUUGAUAGUGUAAAGAUUAAUGGAGAAUAUAAAUACAAGCUGCAGACAGUAUGCGUUAUUAGUCUUGAUACAUACUUAUAAACAAAAUAGUUUUAUCUUAACAAGAUAUACCUGUUUAACUAUAAGUUCUUAGAAAAGUAUUGAUACACACUGAAGUGCAAAGUAGAUGUGUUAUUCUCGACAAGGAAUUAAUAAGCAUUGAGAAUUAGCUGCCUAUUUAAUAAACAGAUUAGAAAAAUAGAUAUUUUGACCUCAAUACGACGUUUAGAAAAUUAUUUUAUUUAUUUAUUUUAUGUUUUACCAUGUUGCCUCCUUAUGCAUAUAGAUAGGAGAAAUGUACAUUAGUUGUAAUGUCAUAAAGUAUGUAAUACAUAUAUAGCCUUAGUUCACAAAUGACACCGUAUUCCCUACAUAGUGCACUACUUUAGACCAGAUCCUUAUGGCACCGUAUUCCCUACAUAGUGCACUACUUUAGACCAGAUCCUUAUGGCACCGUAU